AUGGCCAAAAUAGCUGCCGAAGCGGUCCCUCAACUAAAAUCCCAAAUCGAUGCACUCACCUCCGACCCUGAUGGCGCCCCGGGUGUGGUCUUUGCUGCCGUCAACAAACAAGGCGAAAUCAUAUUCGAACACGCGAGCGGAAAGGUGGGCCAUGGAAAGUCCCAGCCCAUGACCAUGAACAAUGUGUUCUGGAUUGCGAGCUGCACCAAGAUGAUCACGGGUGUUGCAUGUAUGCAGCUCGUUGAGCAAGGGAAGUUGGCGUUGGACGAUGUAGAGCAUGUGGAAAAGCUGUGUCCGGAAUUGAAAGCUGUGCAAGUGUGGGAGAACGGCAAGUUGGUGCCCAAGAAGCGAGGCAUCACCCUGAGGAUGCUCCUUUCUCACACGGCCGGCUUUGGAUACUCGUUCUUCGACCAGCGCGUCAACGACUGGGCCGGCCCUCUCGGCGUGGAUGAGUUCUCAGGUUCUUAUCACGACUAUCUGUCUCAACCACUGGUGAAUCAACCCGGUGAAACGUGGGAAUAUGGAGUUAACAUCGACUGGGCGGGACAACUCGUGGAACGCGUCUCCGGGCUCAAACUCAAUGACUACUUCCAACAGCACAUCUUCAAGCCCAUGGGCAUCACGCACAUCUCCAUGUUCCCCAGCGAGGAAAUGAAAGCCGAGCUUGCGUGGAUGAACACGCGUUCCCCCGAUGGGAAACUCUCCAUUUACGCCAACGGCCAUCUGAACAGGAGGCCGCUCUAUGCGACAUCGAAAGAAGAGAUUGAUGGCACGUUCCACGCCGGUGGAGCGGGCUGUUUCGCCAGGCCGAGCCAGUAUUGUCAGAUUAUUGCCAUGUUGUUGAACGAUGGAGUGCAUCCGGGCACCGGCAAUAGGAUAUUGAAGAAGGAGACGGUCGAGACAAUGUUUACGAAUCAGAUCCCCGAGAUGCCAAACUAUGCAAGACAGGGCAUCUCUCCACCAAAACUCGACAUGUCAAACCCGCUUCCGGAGCUGUACCCCGAACCACACGACAUCCCGCAAGGCUGGGGAUUGACCUUCUUCCUCCACCUGCGCGACUCGGCCGUCCACAGUGAGGGCACGGGUUGGUGGGCCGGCUUGCCCAAUUUGUUCUGGUGGGCGGAUCGCAAGAGGGGCCUCGGCGGCAUCAUUGCCUCGCAGAUUGUGCCAUUCGGCGACCCUAAGAUCCUGGGCCUGUGGGCACAGACUGAGGCUGGGCUGAUUCAGAAUCUGAAGUGA